AUGUCGGACUCCCGGGUGCAGGGCGCCGCUUCGGGCCGCGGGCCCGGGGGCCGCAGAAGGGCGUGGAGCGAGCUGCUCGCGGGAAGGGUCAGACGGCAGGAGCGCAGCCCUGGAAGGGGACAGAAGUUGCAGGAGUCAGCGGUGCUCCUCCUAAGAAGCCACCUGGACUGGAGCCACCUGCUGCUCGAGGUAGAAGGUCCACCACAUAAAAAAUUGUGUCUCGGCUCAUGGAUUGAUCACGAUGUUCCUGAGGCCUGCACUCAUCUUUCUAGUUCGCUCAUAGGCUCUGCUUUGCGGGAUCACGCCUCACUGCUGGGAGUUCCAGUGGCCGUCUUGUCCAGCCAGAUGGUUGCCUCCAGCAUUGUGCGGAUAUGUGAGGCAGAGGCUGAGCAUGCUCACAGGGCACUGCUGGACUCGGUGCAAAGAAAGAAACUGUCUUCCUUGAUAGAGAUUGCUCAGUAUUUAUUAGCACACAGUAUGUUCUCCCGUCUCUCCUUCUGUCAAGAAUUAUGGAAAGUACAGAAUUCUUUAUUGCUUGAAGCUCUGUGGCAUCUUCAUGUACAAAACAUUGUGAGCCUCCAGGAGCUGUUGGAAAGCCAUGCCGACCUGCAGGCCGUGGUUGCAUGGCUUUUCAGGAACCUGCGCCUUCUAUGUGAGCAGAUAGAAGCGUCCUGUCAGCACACUGACAUCGCCAGGGCGAUGCUUUCUGAUUUUGUGCAAAUGUUUGUUUCGAACGGAUUUCAGAAAAACUCGGAUCUGAGAAGAAAUGUGCAGCCUGGACAGAUGCCCCAGGUCGCUGUUGCUGUACUUGAGAGGAUGCUGAUCUUGGCACUUGAAGCUUUGGAUGCUGGCCUGCAGGAGGAGUCCCCAACGCACAAGGCAGUGAGGUGCUGGUUCAGCGUGUUCAGCAUACACACAUUUUGCAGAACCAUUUCGACAGAUUCUCUAAAGAAGUUUUUCAGUCACACUCUGACUCAGAUACUCACCUACAAGCCUGUGCUGAGAGUUUCUGAUGCUGUUCAAAUGCAGAGAGAAUGGAGCUUCGCGAGGACCCACCCCCUGCUCACCAGUGUGUACCGCAGGCUCUUUGUGAUAGUGAGUCCCGAGGAGCUGAUUAGCCAUUUACAAGAAGUUCUGGAGACACAUGAGGUGAACUGGCAGCAUGUGCUCUCCUGUGUGUCUACGCUGGUGAUCUGCUUACCGGAAGCACAGCAGCUGGUAAACGAUUGGGUGGCUCGUUUGCUGGCCCGCGCGUUCGAGAGCUGCGACCUGGAUAGCAUGGUCACUGCCUUCCUGGUUGUGCGUCAGGCUGCGCUGGAGGGCCCAUCUGUGUUCCUGUCCUAUGCAGACUGGUUCCAAGCGUCCUUUGGGAGUGCGAAGGGCUACCAUGGCUGCAGCAAGAAGGCGCUGGUCUUCCUCUUCAAGUUUCUGUCAGACCUCGUGCCUUUUGAGGCACCCCGGUACAUGCAGGUGCACAUUCUCCACCCACCGCUGGUUCCCAGCAAGUACCGCUCCCUUCUCACGGACUACAUCACGCUGGCCAAGACGAGGCUGGCCGACCUCAAGGUUUCUAUAGAAAACCUGGGGCUCUAUGAGGAUUUGUCUUCAGCCAGGGAUGUCACAGAGCCCCACAGCCAAGCACCCCAGGAUGUUGAGAAGGCCCUCCUGGUGUUUGAGCACACGGGGAAAAUUCCCGUCGCUGUCUUGGAGGCCAGCAUAUUCAGGAGGCCCUACUACCUGUCUCACUUUCUCCCUGCCCUGCUCACACCUCGAGUGCUCCCAAGAGUCCCCGAUACCCGAGUGGCUUUUAUCGAGUCCCUGAAGAGAGCAGAUAAAAUUCCCCCAUCUCUGUACUCCACUUACCGCCAAGCCUGCUCCGCUGCCGAAAGGGAGAAGCCAGAAGAUGCAGCCCCAGGAAUGAAGGUGGAACCCGGCUGUGUGGAAGAACCCUUGGAACUGCUCACCAUUGCGCUGGGAGAACUCAGGGCUGCAAUGACAGACCCUGUGCAGUAUGACGUUCUGUCUGCUCAGAUUGCGGUGAUUUCUGAAAGGGUCGGCUCUGUCUUGGGCCUCAGCAAGGACAGUGGCAGCUUUGAGGCAUCGAAGAUUCAGCUCAGUGUCCUUGCUCCAGAACUGGAGCAGCAGGAACAGAAGGUCGUGGAUCUCCUGCUGACGUCUUUUUGUCAGAACCUAAUGGCAGCCUCUAGCUUCGCCCCACCGGACAGGCAGGGCCCCUGGGCUUCCCGCUUCGUGAUGACCAUGUGUGGACGCACUCUCCUCCCUGCCGUGCUCACCAGGCUCUGCCAGCUGCUCCGUCGCCAGGGCCCGAGCCUGAGUGCCUCACAUGUGCUGGGGUUGGCCGCCCUGGCAGUCCACCUUGGCGAGUCCAGAUCUGCACUCCCGGAGGUGCACAUGGGCCCUCCUGCCCCCGCCAGGGGCCUCUCCAUCCCCGAGUUCUUCAACAGCCUCCUGACGUGCGGGACCGCGGAGUCCUCGCUCUUGUGCCUGAAAUUUUGUACAGCGGCAAUUUCUUACUCCUUGUGUAAAUUUUCUUCCCAGUCACGUGAUGUUUUGUACAGCUGUUUAUCUCCAGGCCUUAUAAAAAAGUUUCAGUUCAUGGUGUUCAGAUUGUUCUCCGAAGCCCGGGACCCUCUGUCUCAGGAGGACACAGCUGGCCAUCCCUCGAAGCCCUGGUGCCUGCCCUCUGCAGACUGGCAGCAAGUUGCCCUCUAUCUGUGGAAACAGAGAACCUUCCAGGAGCUGUUGAAGGAGGAACAAUUUCAUUUAACUUACAGAAACUGGUUACAGCUGGAACUAGAAAUUCAACCUGAAGUUGAUUCUCUUUCAGAUACAGAAAGGCGGGACUUCCACCAGUGGGCGAUCCACGAGCAUUUCCUCCCCAAGCCUGCUGCUGCAGGGGGCUGCGAUGGAGACCUGGAGACAGCGUGCACAGUUCUUGUCGAUGUGCUGAUGGACUUCUGCCAAAGUUCAAGGAGUUAUGACCACUCAGAGAGUUCUGAUUUGGUUCUUGGUGGCUGCACAGGAAAUCGAGAUAUUUUUUCCAGAUUGCAGGAGAUGGCUGUUGACCUGGAGCAGGGCCCAGUGGCGCCCUACGGCCACUCUUCCUCUCGGGGGCACUUCCUUUUCGGGGUUUUCCGCAGACGGCUCCGUGCUCUGGCGAGUGGGUGGGACGUGGCCACCCACCUUCGGAGACAGCGGGAGCUGCUUAUGUGCAAACGGAUCCUCCUCAGCCUGCCUCCGUCAGUGCUCGUCGGCAGCCCCCAGGGAGAACAGCCAGCCACCCCUGACUGUGACGAGUUCUUCCACUUGGUCAACUCUGAGCUGAGAAACUUCUGCUCCCAUGGAGGUGCCCUGACCCACGACAUCACCGUCCACUUCUUCAGGGGGCUCCUCAAUGCCUGUUCACGAAGCAGAGACCCCUCCUUGACAGCCAACCUGACCCUGACCACGUGCCAGACCGAGUGCCCCAUAGUUCUGACCUCUGCUCUGUUGUGGUGGCCACGCCUGGAGCCUGAGCUUCACUGUCGGUGGAAGAAAUGCCUCCAGGGCCCACUGCCCCGAGAGCUGCAGAGGCUUCGAGAGGCCCAGCAGUUUGCCAGGAGCUUCCUCUCUCCCAGCACAGCGUCCCCUGCACCUGACCCAGCGUGGGUCUCUGCUGCAGCGCUGCACUUUGCGAUUCAACAAGCCAGGAAAGAAAGCGUUGAGAGAGAGCUAGAGAAGCUGGACUGCCAACAAGAGGAGCUGCUGGUUUUCCUGUUUUUCUUUUCCUUGAUCGGCCUGCUGUCAUCACAUCUGACCCCACACGUAUGUCAGACCUCAUCAGCUAAGGCCGUCAACUCCCUGAAGGCUUUGGACAUUUGUGGCAAGAUUCUGGGGUUUUUGGAGAAAAGGAAAAUAUCCUGGCUGGUGCUCUUUCAGUUGAGAGAGACAGAUGCCAGCCUAGGGCACAUCCUCCUCCGCCUGGCCCCAGAUCAGUACAUCAGGCUCUUGCCAUUCGCCUUCUACAGCCUUCUCUCCUACUUUGACAAAGACGCCCUCCUCAGGGAAGACGCCUUCCUGCACGUUGCUGUCGACAUGUACCUGAAGCUGAUCUGCCUCUUUGUGGAUGGCGAUACGAGUGCAGUCUCAAUUCCAGCCAGCGGGAUCCAGGAGCUCCAGGGCCAGGGUGACCCUGUAGGCCUGUUAACAAAAGCUCGUCUUUUUCUGCUGCAAUCAAUACCUCAGUGCCCGAAAAAGAGCUUCUCAAACAUAGCAGAGCUGCUGGCCACUGGUGGAGACUGUGACCCGGAAGUGAUCACUGCCCUCCUGAGCAGGCAGCAGGCCAUGUCUGACACUGACCUCUACCAAGAGCCUCAUCUCUUCUGACUGGACCCUGCAUGGUGUACAGCCCAGCUUCUUUGUAAAUAAUUUAUUUCAAGCAAAACAUGGAGCUCUUGUUGUG